AUGGAGCUGCUCAGAAACCAAAGCUCCCUCCAUUCUACGUUCCUGCUCACUGGCAUCCCAGAACUGCAGGCCGGAAAUAUCGGGGUCUCCAUCCCUUUCUGCUUUGCCUAUGCGGUUGCUGUCUUGGGGAAUAGUGCUAUAUUCCUAGUGAUUGUGAAGGAUCGGAGCCUCCACAAGCCCAUGUACCUCUUCCUCUGCAUGCUGGCUGUGAGUGAGCUGGGGGUCUCCCUCUCUACCCUCCCCACGGUGCUGAGUGUCUUCCUGUUUGAUGACAGGGAGAUUGGGCUGGAUGCGUGCCUCAGCCAGAUGUUCUUCAUCCACUGCUUCUCCAUCAUGGAUUCAGGGGUCCUCUGGGCGAUGGCCCUGGACCGCUUCAUAGCCAUUUACAACCCUCUGCAAUACACCACCAUCCUGACCAACUUCAGGAUUGCCAUGAUAGGCUCAGGGAUUGCAGCAAAGAGCAUUAUCCUGCUGGCCGCACUGCCUCUUCUCCUGAGGAGGCUGCCAUUCUGUAGGUCCAAUGUGCUUGCUCACCCCUACUGUCUGCACCCGAAUUUAAUCCGGCUCCCUUGUGCAGACACCACCGUCAACAGCCUCUAUGGGCUCUUUGUCUUGCUCUGUACAUUUGGCCUCGAUUCCCUGUUCAUUGUCCUGUCCUACACAAUGAUCCUCAAGACCGUGCUGAGCAUGGCCUCCAAGGAAGGCCGCCUCAAGGCCCUGAACACCUGUGUCUCCCACAUCUGUGCCGUGGUGAUCUAUUACACCCCAAUGAUCGGCCUGUCUAUGGUGUACCGGUUUGGCAAGCAUGCUCCACCUCUUGUUCACUCCCUGAUGGCCAACAUCUAUCUCCUGGUCCCUCCGCUGCUGAACCCCAUCAUCUACAGCAUCAAGACCAAGGAGAUCCUCAAGGCAUUUGGAAGGGUUCUCCAUCGGAAGAGGUUCUGA